GACGUAUAAAUUCCAAAUUGCCAAAUUCCAAUUCCAAGAUUGUCAUUGGUUGAUUGUCGUUUGUCGUCUGCCUGCUUGGUCGUCAGCGCGUUUUGCUUUUGAUUCACAAAGUAUUUUUGUGUUUACACUUUACGUCUGCCUUAUUUCAAUUAGUGUUUUAAUAUAUAUUUGAAAGGUAGUUUAUUAGAAUUACGGUACAAAUAGUUACUAAGUGAACAAAUCGUAAAAUUAUAUCUUCCAAAGUUAAGUCAUCGAAACAAGUGCCUAAUAUUUUAGUACUAGUCUUUUGUUAUUUUUUUAAUUAAAUCAUCUCGUAGUUUGUUGUUAGCUAGUGUAUUAAUGUUUUACGCGGUUUCUGCGAUGGUCCGAGCUGUUUUCUAGCAUUAUCCAGUCCCGUGAAACGUUUUGCAUGAGGUCACGACGGCGGUGCGGUGUACGCAUGGAAGCCCGGCGGAGUGGUGACCACGCGCUGCACUCGCUGCGAGCGCUCCACUGUCGCCGCGCCCUGCCGGCAUGGACCGCGCGCGCCUCUCGCCGCCGCCGGACUCGCUGCGUCGGCCGCUCCAAGGACCCAGCGGAACCCCGGACGCGCCCCUUGCGCCGGAGACCCUAGGCGAGCCGGAGACGCGCCCCCCGCGCGCGCUCACACCCAUCCCCGAGAGCGAGCCCCUGCUCCGAGACCCGCGCAGCACCGCCAGCGUCGCGGGUGCCAAUGCUAAUGCGAGCGGCGACGUGCCGCGGCGGAACACGCGCCCGCUGCACGUGCAGUUCGACGCGCAGUCGCCGCCCGCGCCCGUCUCCGUCUCCAGCUCCAGCUCCUCCAGCUCCGACGAUGAAGACGUUUCCAUCGCAGAAGCCCGACCGCCCGACGGAGGCUGGGGCUGGGUCGUCGUCUUCGCUUCUUUUAUGGUCAACCUGAUUGCCGACGGAAUAACGUUCAGUUUCGGAGUGUUCUACCCCCAUUUCCUGGAAUACUUCGGCGAAGGCAAAGGGAAAACCGCCUGGAUUGCGGGCAUAUUUAUGGCUAUGCCCCUCCUGUCUGGACCGAUUGCGAGUUUCCUGACGGAUAGAUACGGUUGUAGGCGAAUGACGAUAUUCGGCUCGAUUUUAGCGGCGUUGGGAUUCGUCAUUUCUGCUUUCGUAGACAACAUGGAGACGCUGUUCCUGACUUUCGGUAUCAUGGCCGGGUUUGGGCUGAGCUUGUGCUACGUGGCGGCGGUCGUCAUCGUCGCUUAUUACUUCGAAAAGAAACGUUCCCUCGCCACCGGGAUAUCGGUGUGCGGAAGCGGGAUCGGUACAUUCAUAUUUGCUCCUUUGACAUAUGUUUUGCUGGACGAAUAUGGAUGGCGAGGAACCACUCUAAUACUCGCAGGAUUGUUUCUAAACAUGGCGGUGUGCGGGUUGUUGUUCCGCGACCUGCCCUGGACGGCCACUAUGAACGAGGAAAGAGCGAAAGAGAGAAAACGCAGAAGAGAGAGGAAGAGGAAUAAACGCUACGGAUCGUCGGCAGACAGCUUCUCCGAUAGCAAGAGCAGUGCUGCUGGCUCCACCAAAGUGACGGACGCUGUAGACAUAGAAGCAGUCACAACGUCUAUUGUGCCACAAUUUAGCUCCCUAGUCGACUUACCUACUUAUAUGACGGGCGGGGAAGGUGUUUCGCUGGAAGUUUUCGAACUAAUGUCGAGUAGAGGUCGCGCUUAUGCUAUUCUGGCGCAAAAUUACCCCGGGGUCAUGUUGCCAUCCCGGAGUUUCAGUGAUAGUGGACGGUUGCAUGAACAGUCUCCACCGAAGACUAUCAUGUCCCCUGGCACGAUGUCCCCCGGAACGAUGUCCCCUAGUUCUGCUCCGAGUGCCCCGGACGCUAAUGGGACGAGACAGUUGAACGAUAAAGCGGCCUUGUCGGUGUGGCUAAGGAGACAAGCGCAAGGCUCGACGAAGAAGCCGCCAGCUUUCUUCAAAGACAUGAGGAUACACCGGCACUCCCUCACAUACAGGGGCGCCAUGUUGAACAUAAAUCGCUACAGACUCCGAGCGUCGUCAUGCCCCAACAUAUUUAGGAAUUCCAUGACUACCAUUGCUAAAGAGAAGCUGCAGUGGUACGCCGGCCUGUGGGACUUCUGGGACCUGGUGGUGGACGUGCUGGACUUCUCGCACUUCCUCAACCCGGCCUUCCUCAUGUUCGCGCUGUCCAACUUCCUGCUGUACAUGUGGUACGACGUGCCGUACGUGUACAUCGCCGACAGCGGGCUGGGGCUCGGGUUCGACGAGUCGCAGGCCUCCAUGCUCAUCUCCGUCAUCGGCAUCCUCAACAUGUUCGGCGAGAUCCUGCUCGGCUGGAUCGGCGACUGGGAGUGCGUGAACCCGAGCCUGGUGUACGGCGCGUGCAUGGUGCUGUGCGGCGCCGUGACGCUGCUCAUGCCGCUGCUCGCCACCUACGCCGGGCUGGCGGCCGCGGCCGGCGCGUUCGGCGCCUUCAUCGCCGCCAACUACUCGCUCACCAGCAUCAUCCUGGUGGAGCAGAUCACGCUGGAGAAGUUCACCAACGCGUACGGCCUGCUGCUGCUCAUGCAGGGCCUGGCCAACCUCAUCGGGCCGCCGCUGGCCGGUUGGGUGUUCGACAUCACAGGCAGCUACGACCUGUCGUUCUACCUGGCGGGCGUGUUCAUCGGCAUCUCCGGCCUCAUACUGAUGGUGCUGCCGCUCUACCGCGCCGCGCGCCGGUACAACGCGCGCCGCAAGCAGCGCGACGCGUCCGCCGACGCGUCCGGCGACAAGUCCGCCGACAAGUCCAAUACUGAGCAGAUCCAUAUCAACGGUGAAGUGAAGCAAAACGGGAAGCUGUUUAUAUAGGCAAGCAGUGCUUAUCUAUACUUUUAUUGGGAAAAUAUUUUUUUGUCUAAAAGCACUUAGUCUGUCAACAAGUCCACUGACAAAUCUAAUAAUGAGCAAACUCAUGUCAACUGUGAAGUGAAGCAGAACGGGAAGCUGUUUAUAUAGGCAAGCAGUGCUUAUCCGUACUUUUAUUGGGAAAAUAUUUUUUUUGUCAAAUUUAAUGACUCGGUCAACAAGUCGAUCGACAAAUCCAGCUAUGAACGGAUCAACGUGAAGUCGAAACACAAUAGAAAGUUUAUAUAGACAUGCAAGCUGUAUUUUCUUGUAUAUUUCACUGGGAAAACAGUUUGAAAUAAAUAUACUCAGAGGCACAAUUAUCCGCCCACUUUAAUAUACUCGCGUCAUAUUAAAGUGGGCGGAUAAUUGUGCCUCUUAGUAUAGCUGAGGAAACAUUUCGUUCUUGACUUUAUGAUGUCAUUGUAGAACAGUAGGGUUUGGGUGGUGGGUAGCUCUGCCUAUAAUGCCUAAUAAGGAACUGGGUGAUGAGAUUUAAAAAAUUAAAUUUUUCAAAAAGGAAUUUUUUCUGCAAUGUAAACACCUAUUUGUAUUUAAAAACUGCGUAAAAAGUAAAUUUGAAAAAAAAAAUACGUAUACUAGAAGUAAAAUUUACCACAAAUUCUUCAAAUUGAAAGAAACUGCACUGCAGUUUCUUUCUUAAGGAACAUUUUUUUUUAUUUAAUUACUAUUCCAAAAAAUUUGUGUGUGAUUUGGUCAUUUUUACGAUUAUUUUUGUAUGUUUAUUGAAUAAAGUUCUUGUAGAAGAUCUGUAAGUUACAAUUGUAUUUAGAUAUAUGUAUUCAAUGCAGUCAAUAAUGCCUUUUAAACGAACGGAUCUUAAUUCCUCCUCAAUUCAAUAUCCCAAUAUCUGCUUUAAACGCCCACAAUGGGGAUGAUGACUAGGUUUGAAUAUAUUGAUUUAUAUGAGACAUUCGGGUAAAUAAGGUCAAUAUUAACUAAUUAAUCUAAAAAAACAAAGAUUGACUGGAUGUUUGCAAAAUAAAUAAAAUUAUAAAAUUUCAAAAUCUACUUUUAUCGUAAUUAGAUGAAAAUGAUGAAUAAACGUGAUAUUUUUCAAUACAUAUAUAAACAUAAACGCACAAAUAAAGAUAUUUGUAAUUUUGUUUGAACGCCCAUACAAAUACAACUAUCGUCGAACCAACGACGUCAUUAAUUUGUACCAUUUUGCAUGGGGCGUUUUUCAGGGAGCCGCGACAGCGCCGCAAAUCUGACCCUUUAAAUCCCUGUAGCUCCGAAAGUAAACAUCUUUACUAUUAGCAUACUUUACAAUUUAAAAACUGUCAUCAUCCCUAUAAUACUCUUAUUAGAACCAUUGUACAGUGCUUACACAUUUUAAAGUUCUUUAUUCGUAAGUCAAAAGCUGCCUAUAAUAAUAAUUACAUAAAUGGAGAAUAGUACAUUUAACCAGACUUAAAAUAAAAAUUAAAAAUUUCCACAUUGCAGCUAUAUUCUAUAUUAAUCUACUUAAUAUUAUUCAAUUAUCUAGCAUUUCUAAUUUGUAAACGAAGUACACCAAUGGUGACUAGUUGUUACAUUUUGCAAUAUUAAAUACGUGAUAAAUGAAAAUGAUAGUAAAAUCCAAGACUAAAUUACCAAUUUAUAUAAGUAAUUAUAAUAAUUAUUAUUAUAUAAUAAAUACAUUUUAUAUAUUAAUUUAAUAUAUAAGAUUUACCUAUACAUGCAAUUAAAAGUAUUGAAAUUCAAACGGCGUGUUUGUAUAGAAUAGAUAAUUCUAGAAGUAUAUAGGAAAGUAGUUCGGUUGAUAGGUUGGGUGCUUCUAAUCGGACCAAAUUUUCGCUGCAAUAAACUGCAAUAUUGUAGCCGGCAAAAUUGGUCAGAGAAACUAAUUAUAAAUGUAUGAUUGAAUUUCUUUUGGCAUUUCACACUAUUGAAGUCAUGACGAAUCUGACAUUGACAAUUUUUUUUUCAAAAAUAUACAAUACUAACAUCAAGCUUCUAUUAAAAAGUGGAUGCACAAUCAGCGACCAUAAAACGUCCCCACUCAAUGAGUGCCAACUUCUUGGCACUCAUUGAGUAGUCGCACUUAAACUCAAUCCUUAAGGUUGAAUUUGCUCUGUAUUUUCAUUGAAUAUUGGACUUUAGGUAUAAUUUUCAAAAUUUUAAAGAAAAAUUGGCCAGUUUAUAAGUGAAAUUUUCUACAUGAUUGUGCAUCCUUUUAUUUUAAGAUGUCAAUGAUUACUAAUUACUAAUAUGUGCUAAAAAGUCUUAGUUACUGAGACAUAUUUAAGUAAAUUUUAAAUAUUGCAAUAUGGCGAAAGAAAUUGGGUGAUAAUGAAUAAUGAUAUUGCAGUGAGAAAAUGGUCGUUUUAUAAGCACGUUUGGUUAUAUGCUGUUUAUAGCAAGUUUGUAAUAAGUAAGGGUUUGUUCUGAAAGUAAAUUUAUAUUAGUGAACAUACGUUUUUUGACUAAUUAGUGUUUGGAAGGAAUAUAGUGUUCUCGAAUAUUAUUUAAAUAUAUUUUAUGCUGUAUUCUAAGAAUAUAGGGAUUGGACUUACCUCUUAGUGUAAGUAGGGAGAUAGUAAAACAAAUACGUAGACACGACCGAUUUUUUGGUCAGCCGAUUAGCGAAUGAACGAAUGAGUGAUUGGGAACCGAUUUUUUAUUUCAGUGACUAAUUUACAUGCUCGUAUGACAGAUUUUUCAGUGAUAAAUGUCCGCUUUACUCGAUUAGCAAAUUGCCGUACGUGAAAAACAGGUCAUGCCUUUAGAAAAAUAGGUAAUGUGUAGGUAUAAGCUAAUAAUGUCAUAGGUACUACAAUUUUAAUUAUGGGCUCGGUAAUUUCGUUUUUUUUUUAAUUUGAAAAAUACUUUUGUCAAACUGUGACUUUAUUUUUAUUAUAACCUUAAUUUAGGUUUUGUAAUAAUAGUUUGAAAAUUAUAAAUUAUUAAUCCCUAAUUUAUAAUUUUCAAAAACAAACAAACAUUUAAUUUAAGUUGCUGAAGCGCAUUAUUUAAAUUGUAGUUCUGUAAAGGUUACAUAAUUUAAAUGAUACAUAAUGUUGUUAAUUACAAAAAUAAAAGAGGUAAACCUAGUUACUAUUCUUAAUUGACUUCAAAAAAAUCAAAUUCAACUUGUAUGUGUUUUUGACGACUCAACAAUGAUUUCAAGGUUACUAUAAUUAUAGAGUUGUAGAUAGUGCGUGCAUAUGCAAGACAUUUAGAAUGGCCUACAAGGUCGCUAUCGUAGACAGAAAAGUAUAUAGACAAUUUCAAAGCAUCCACCCUAAUCUCUCAAAAAAGAGGACAACUCAUAAUGUAUACUCUAUAAAAACCAGAAAAGUGCCGGGAUAUUUGCAAAACUGCAAAUAUUUGAGGUACAUGAUGAUUGGCAUGCAAAAAUUUAGACAAUAAAGCGCAUUUAUUUUUUUUUAUUUGUAGUACUGUAUAUUUUUAAAAUUAUAUAAAAUGGUUCAGUAUAGUUUGAAAAAAAAAACUAUGUAAUAUUGCAUAAUUUUGACUCGCAGCUAGACAAUCUCUUGUCUAUUGACUUUUCUGUCUACGACUGCUUAUCACUUAAUAUAUACUCGUAAAUAUGUAAAACCCCAUUGCCCUGAAACAAGUAAACGAGGCUUCGAAGUACUAGCUACUACUAGCUACUAGAGCUAGCCUUAAAAAUAAUGUUAAUGAUAUCAAAAUUAACCAAAGACUGUCCUCUCGAUAUAAAAUUCUUUGAACCUAAUCCAUAGACGAAAUACAAGCUAGGAUUUUUAAGAUUAGGGUUUACUAUUGAAAUCUGAGUAUUGAGUAAGUGUUAAAAAUUGGAAAAUUUGACUUCCCUUAGUAUGUGAAACAAAAAAAUAUGUCAUUUUUGAAUUUUUCAAAAAUUCUUGCCUUAAGACUUAAGCGAAUAUUCCUCAAGUGUACAUAUUUAGCCAGUGAGAUGUUAGUAUAUCAUACAUAAGAGUAUGGCGGCUAUUCGGUUGUAUCUCACUGUAAUUUGACAUUUCAUAAUUAAUAACUGACAAUUUAGAUUUUUGACUUUGACAUUGACAUUGACAGUAGGUGUUCAACGCACGAAACUUUACUAACAGGCAUCUAAUGAGAGCAGCUGUCGUGUGGAAAGAGUGAGAUAUUUUAUGUACUUUAUGUAAACACCUUUUCUAGCUAUUCAUUGUAAUUUUAAAAUCACAUUUUGAUAUUCUGUGUUAUUGAUUUUUAUUUAUUUAUGGUCCACAAAUUACAAUCAAUUAAUGUUUUUCUAUUUAUUAUUAAGGUAAUAAAUAUUAAAAUAUAAACUUAUUUUGAAUGUCAACACAAUUAUGUAAAAUGGUGCUUGUUUCAUGCAUGAAACAUUGUGUACUGUAUGAAUAAAAAUCUUCCAAAAAAACAGUAAAAGUUGGUUUAAAAUACCAAAUUGAUUUUCAAAAUAAUUCUUGUUCUGUAUCCAGUAUUGAUUAAAGUAAUAUUUUCUAUUUAGAAAAUACACAAGAUUCUUAGGUACAGUCAGCAUUAAAAAUAUGUAUUUUACAAAUGUUCUUUACGACACAAAUAGGAAAGAGACAGUAAAUAAGUGAUUUUUUAUUUAAAAGUUUAGAAAUUUUGGGAUCCUUAUUAAUUUCCGAUACCUAAUAAAAGGUUUUUGCGUAGUUGGUUAAAAGAAGAGGAAAAAAAGCAAAAAUAUUAAUCAUUCAAUCUUUUUGUAUAUCGACAUUCACAAGUAGUGUAAAAUUCUUUAGUUUUUUAAUUUUUAUAAUUUAGACUCAUUAGCCCCGCGGUCCAGGUUUAAAUUUAGGGUUCAAUAACCGCUUAUUGUCGUACCCACUCUUUGCUUCUAUAUACAGGUUUAUUUCUUAGUUCAUGAUAAUGUUUUUUGAUGCUGACUGUACAUUUGGAAUUAAAAGAUCACAGGAUGUUUUGUGAUACAUGUAUAAUAAGAUCACUGUGUUUGUAAUAAUGAAUUAAUUAUUAUAAUAUCGAAGCUUUUAGAGCAGACCUAGCGAACCUGGCGUUCACAAAGAAACUUUCUCUAAGUCAGUACGGUGUAAACUCUAUGUGAACCGUUCUCUCUAAUUUGGCUGACUCUUUUCCGCGCGUCUCAAUAUAGCGACACUUAUUUUUUAUGUAUUGAGGUUUGGAGUAGUUUAAAAAUCGUUAUGGGUACACCCCACUAAUAAAGUGGAGUAACUUCGACGUUUCAAGGUGUUCGUGGUUGAAUAGAGUGAUAAUAAAUGGAGUUUGCACAGUAUUUGUGGAGCCGUGAUAGCCCAGUGGAUAUGACCUCUGCCUUCGUAGGUUCGAAUCCGGUCCGGGCAUGCACUUGCAACUUUUCAGUUGUGUGCAUUUUAUUAAAUUAAGAAUCACGUGUCUCAAACGGUGAAGGAAAACAUCGUGAGGAAACCUGCAUACCAGAGAAUUUUCUUAAUUCUCUACGUAUGUGAAGUCUGCCAAUUCGCAUUGAGCCAGCGACUAUAGGCCUAACCUCUCUAAUUCUAAGAGGAGACACGUGCUCAACAAUGAGACGAAAAUGGGUUGCUAAUAACACAGUAUUUAAAUUAAACGUGACAGCAGAUUUACAUUAAAACUGCCAAAUUUUUUACGAUUCAUGAUUUUAUAUGAAUGAUGUGAAUUUCAUACAAAAUUGUAUGGAAAUGUAUGUCGUAGAGCAUUUUAUUAAUUAUUUUGAUAACUUACACAGGUCAGGAAUCUUAUAGUUCAAUUGAUAAGUGUAGAAAUCAUUCGAACUAUCUUAAGUGAGUAUGGUAUUGAUAAACCUGUAUUAGUCGAUUUAGUUUAAGACUAUCGGAACACUGUGAACUUCUGUCCGUCGAUAAUGACUUUACUAUUUGUUGAGAGUACAUCCGUAUGUGUAUAUUGUGUAAGUUUGUUUGUGUAACAUUUCCGCGGCGAGUGCGAUGCCAACACGAAACGGGUAUGUGAGCGUAUUACUGUAUAUUGUUGCACUUUACAUUACUGUGUGCGGUUAGUAAAAUUAUCACUGAAACUCUA